AUACGAGCUACGAGCCAGUUACUAGUUACUAUACACUGCUCAUACUCAGUGUGCUGGUGAUCUGCCGGUUACGGUCCUCGGUCCACAGUCUGGUUCAGUACCUUUCUGUCUACCCAAGUGUUCACAUGUCAUUUCAUUGCUUUUAUCAUGCCGACAAAAUUUAAACUUCAAACUAAUGAAAUUAUUUUUUAAGUUUGAAAAGACCGGUUGAUUUUUUUUAUCUGUUAAAUUUAUUUUAUAUUUUUUUAAAUUGCGGACAGUGAAUUGGAGUAGUGAAUUUUUGACUGAAAAAAAUUUAAGUGAAUUUAUUUUAUUGAGAAGAUAGGAUGUAGCCAAUCGAGAUUUUAAAUAUUUUUCUAUUACGACCAAGCUACGCUAAAUAAUAAAAAUAAACAAUUGACAGUUUUAUUGAGCGACUUUUGGUGAAUUCACGGUGAAUUUAAGAACUUGUUUGGUGGGUUGUUUUCAAGUGGGAGAAGAAAAAAAUAAAAAGAGGACCUCGGGAGCCGAAGAAUUCGUGAACGGGAGAGCAAGGUUCGAACCCUCGACUUUAGUUCAGUUCUCUAGUUUUUUUGCUCUUUAACUUUAUGCUUUUGCCUGUUUUGUACUGUGUGUUACUGCCGGCGUUUUAAUAAUAAUUAUUAUUACUACAAUACAUUCCAUACAUCACUGUUGAUCCUCGACACAGCUAUAAUUUAAAUAUUAUUACUUUUUGGUCUUUUAACCGACGAUAAAUAUUUGAAAGUGCGAGUGUUGUGCUCCAUCGGGUGGCGAAAAAUGUAAAAAAUAAACUACGUCCAGCUGUUUUAUUAUUUUUUAUUAUAUUGCUAUUUAACUAAGCAACAAACAUUUAUGUGAGAACUUAAAUACUGCAAAAAGCUUGGAUAUUUAUUAUUUUAUCAUUUUCGAUUGUAAAAUGCCGCCACCUGAUCCUCAGCGUUAAGUCAGGCCUCUAAAAAAUGGCCUCGAUUCUGGGAGACGGCACGGGUCCCGGCGGGCCCGGAUCCACGAGGUGCCUGCUCCUGUUGCAGCGGUCUCUAGCCAUUCAACUGAGCCGCGGACCUCCGCCAAUGAUUCUCGCCACCAGUCAACACGAGACCAUCAAGGAACACCCGGCUGAUGAGAUGUGGAUGUAUGACAAGGGCUACAAUCUCUUCCAGAGCUUCUUGGAGGCAAAUUCCAAGUGUUGGUGGAAUGCAGCAUUAGUGGACGCGACUCGUCAGCUACGAUAUAAAGGACAUGUAUCACCGGGUGUUUUGAUGGUGGGUGGACCUCCUUGUGCCUUGGAAGUGCUGAGAGCAGCCUGGUCUCGUAAUGUUUUAAGACCACCGGCUGAUCAUGCCAUCACGUGUCUCGGCGAUAUUGAAGACUGUUUAGUAGCCCCGGUGUCUCAAGGGCAAUUUACACCACUACCAGAAGCACUUUGUUGGGCAAUACUGGAGUUAACAUCCCAGCGACAGGCCGCAACGCUGGACACGCUGCGUUCAGCGCUGAGAAAUGCGUUUCCUACAAUGCAGCGACCGAACCGUGAACUGGUGUACGACGCGCUCGCUAAAUUAAUGCAGGAGCGUAAAAUCUACCAUACCUCGCAGGGGUACUUCGUGGUGACACCCGAGACCAAGAGAUUGAGACGAGAUUCCAGCGGUUCCAGGAGAAAUUCGCGCGAGGUCUCGAGCUGUCGCGGGCAGGGCAUGCUUAUGAGCAAUGACGAAGCAAUGGCACUCGUACACGGUGAGAUGCUCACCCUCAGGGACGGUAAUGUGACGCAUCAAGCCGUACAAACUAAUUUAGCUGACGUUAUUUGUGGAGGAAAUCCGAAUGAUAAAAUUCUAUUCGCACGAUGUCGUUCAGUGCCCGGUCGCUUAGAACGAAGGCAUUCGUUGCGACUGUGGGGUUCAGCUCGUCGACUUCACAGGAGCGGAAGUUCACGAUCACUGCCACGAAGACCGGAAAGAAGUGACACCUCGUCAAGCGCCGAGUAUGCGAGCACCGAUAGCGCGCCUCACAGUCCCACUAGUCUGUCUGGGCUGUUUACAGAGAAGAUAGGCUUACUAUCAAGGCUCUUUCGGCGCAGCAGUCGGAGGAAGGGUGCACCGUUGAUGGGCACUUUUAGUGCUCAGUAUCCGCCAACCGAGUGGUUCAACCCGAGGGUGGUUCAUCUUCACAGCGUGGCAACGCAAACUAGAGCAGUUAGUCCAUCGAUGAUGGAAGGAUUAGACCAAUCCCAGGCCAGUUUUCAAGUAUGGGACGACUCAAGCUCCGUACGAUCAGCGACGUUACCCCGGCGGCAUCGCCGUCAACCGAGCGGAGAUUCUACCAGUCUGCUCGCGAAUUCAACCCCACGAAGCUCGCGACGUCACCGCUCUCCGUGCUCGACUUUGCCGCGGUCAAAGUGCUCGAGUCUGAGUCGCUGCACGUCUCGCGCCUCCGUCCUGCCUCCUUCCACCGCCAUAAACCCCGAGUCGUAUCACCAAUCACGUCCGCAGCUGCCCACCGGGAAGCACUCGAGCAACUCAUCACCGAGCCGCAGCGGCGGGAGUUCUGGAUCCGUCCGCGUGACCACCAUUAACACCUCCACAAACAACAGCAAUAGUCAAAAUAGCCACACCAGCAAUAAUAAUAGUAAUAGUAAUAAUAGUAGUAAUAGUAAUAGCAAUAAUAACAGCCACCACCACCACCACCUUCAUAAUAACAGCAAUAGCCAUAGCAAUAGUCCAAGCCCAGCCAAGACUGCAACACUGGGAAGGUCAAGCACUCGGCAUAGCUCCAGAAGACCAAGUCACGACUCAACUGGUAGCGGCACCAAGUCUUCGAAUAGUUCACCCCAACAUAAGAUACUGCAGAAAGCCUCGUCGAUGCACUCAUCAACUCACCUAACGGCGAAAUCGGUGUCCAGUGGUAAAUUAUCAUCAGCGUCAUUAUCAUCAUCCCCACUGAAGACAUCAAUUACCGCGUCUGCCAAGUCAUCACCGCUAAAGGUUAUCCAGCAGGGGUCAUUAACGCCGCUGCAAGAAGCCCAGAAUUCAAUAACCUUGCAGGUAUCAACGAACCUGAGUCCGGUGAGUCCGCCUCAGGACCGCGGGAGCAUAUCGAGCAGCGUGACUCUCGCCUCAAACGCCUCGAGCACCACCACUAUAAGCGGCUCUCCGGGGACUAAAAUUUACGUCCAUCAAAACAACUCGCCGAUGCGGUCAGUUAUCACCUUCGAGAACGGCACCACCAAGAGCUGCCUCGAGGAGAAGAUCUUGAAGGAGGAAAAGAUCUGCAAGGAGAAGCAAGAGCUCGUCAGCGAGAAGGUCCACAAGGCGAUGAUCAUCGAGAAAGAAAAGCUCCUAUCUUGCAAAGAGGAUGACAAACUGCUCACCAUGAAGAAGGUCAACGACGACGACUGGAAGCUCAUGAAGAUCGAGAGACCUUCCUCGUUAUACACCAAUGGCAAGGACGGAAAGUCCGAGUCCGAUAAAGAGAACAAGCCAAAAGUAGAAGAAGAAAUUCCUAACAAACUCAAGCUCACCAACCGCCUGAACAACAGCCAGGUUCACCUUAUUGACGGCUCCACUAACAACAUCGACAAGUGCAAUUCUGAUAUCUCAGCUGUCACUGGAUCCACCAUCAAGAACACCAACGACGCGAUGAACAACUCGAGGAAGCUCAGUCUCUCUUUGUCCAAGGACGCGCUCAGCUUCAGGAACCUCUUGCACCCUGGCUCCAAGAAUAAUAUCGCCUCGAACCCUCCCUCGCCUACUAAAUCCUUUGACGGCUUCGGUGGCUCCUAUAAUAAUGUUUACAUCGAAAAUCUUGAUACUUUAAAGUCGAGGCGCGCUCCUCAGGGUUCGGAGCCCAAUUUGGACAAAAGCUUGAGUCGCGCGGAUCUUUACUCCUAUCCCAGCCUCAGCGACAUGCAAGUCCAGUUUACGAGCUUGGCUGCUCAGAAAAUCCUCAAAGGCUGUCCGAUUAACAGCGUUGACACUCUGGUGGAGGUCAAUAUGGCCGCUGAUAAGCCCAAUAAUAGAGAUGUUACCGUUCAUACUGAUUUUGGUCUUGUUUGAAUUGACAUUUUGAUCCGAAAUUUAUUGCAAAGAUUUUUAUUGGGUUGUUUUAUAAAAAAAUUAGGAUAGUUUUUGUAAAAAUAAAUUAUUAUUAUUGAAGAAAUGGAUGAAAAAAUUUUGUAACUUGUUCUUUUUUAUAAAAAUUUUUGAAUUCAUUUCAUAUUUGGGAAGAGUUAAGGUAGUUGUUGUGGUACAAUAUUGUCAAAAAAUUAGAGAUUAUACAGGCUGCAAAAGUAUAUGAAUUUGUAAGUAAGUAAUCCAUAAUUUUUACGGAAAACUGUACUCGGAGAGACGUAAACUAUACAGUAUUCAUAAAUUUAGAUAUCAGGGUGUGCCAAAUUUUAACUUCCGUGAUGGACCUCUUGAAAUUGAAAUUUUGAGUUCCGCUUUUAAAAGGAGUUGUGUUAGGGCAUUUCAUGAGAUAUUUUGAGCGUAAGGGAUUUAUUUAAUUAUCUUAGAAUUUUUAACAGGAGUUUUGUUUAGACAUUUUUGCUGAAAUUUCAAAAUUUGGCCAAACAAAACUCCUGUUAAAAAAUUAUAUGAAAAUCAAAUAAAUCCCUUACUCUCAAAAUAUGUCAGAAAAUGCCCAAACAUAACUCCUGUUAAAAGCAGAACUCAAAAUUCCAAUUUUAAGAGGUCCAUCACGGAAGUUAAAUUUUGGUACAUACUAUACUCUGUAUAUACUUUUUCAUAAAUUGUUGAACUUUAAUCCGUUGUAUAUAAAUAAUUAGAUGGUAAAAAAUUAUU